CUCCCCUUCCCUUCUUCCGUCUACUCGUAGCUUGUCUUUUGUCCUGCUUCCUCCCCACUACACACACUCACACUCUCUUUAACAUUCAUCCAUCUCUCGCAAACAGUUUGACUUUAAUUUCCCUCUGACUCCUCAAUCAGUACUGCUACCAUCAUGGGCAAAGAAAAGGUUUGCCUUGCAUACUCCGGUGGACUUGAUACUUCUUGUAUCCUAGCUUGGCUUAUCGAAAAGGGUUAUGAAGUUGUUUGUUUCAUGGCCGACAUCGGUCAAGAAGAGGACUUCGAAGCCGCAAAGGAAAAGGCUUUGAAAAUUGGAGCCUCCUCUGUCCACGUUGUUGACCUUCGCAAAGAAUUUGUCGAGAAGCUCUGUUAUCCUGCUAUCCAAUGUAACGCAAUUUACGAGAACGUUUAUCUUUUGGGAACUUCUCUUGCGAGACCCGUUAUUGCUCGUGGACAAAUUGCUGUUGCUGAACAGGAAGGAUGCACCCUCGUUUCUCAUGGAUGUACCGGCAAAGGAAAUGACCAAGUUCGUUUUGAGCUUGCAUUUUAUGCCUUGAAGCCGGACGUUAAAGUCAUUGCACCAUGGCGUCUUCCUGAGUUUUACAACCGAUUCGCUGGUCGCAACGACUUACUUGCCUAUGCCGCAGAGGUUGGCGUUCCCGUCUCUCAAACCAAAACCAAGCCCUGGUCUAUGGACGAAAACCUAGCUCAUUGUUCGUAUGAAGCCGGGAUUCUUGAGGACCCUGAUGAGACUGCUCCAAAGGAUCUUUGGAAGUUGACAAUUGACCCUCUCGACGCUCCUGAUACUCCGGAGGAUUUCACUGUCCAUUUUGAGAAAGGCCUCCCUUCGAAGCUCGAGUAUGAGGGUGGCAAGGUAGCCACCGAGCCUUUGGAUCUCUUUUUGACCGCCAAUGCCAUCGCUCGCAGACACGGUGUGGGAAGGAUUGAUAUCGUCGAGAAUCGUUUCAUUGGGUUGAAAUCCCGUGGAUGCUACGAGACUCCUGGCUUGACCAUUCUUCGUUCCGCUCAUGUAGACUUGGAAGGUCUUGUUCUCGACAAGGAGAUCAGAGCUCUCAGGGAUCAAUUUGUUACCUUCAACUAUUCCAAGGUCUUGUACAACGGACUCUACUUCUCGCCUGAACGUGAAUUCCUCGAGGAUUCCAUCACGUCCUCCCAGAAGACUGUUAAUGGGAAGGUUCGCUGUCGCGUCUACAAGGGCUCCUUGAUUAUUCUCGGAAGGAGCAGUGAGACCAGCAAACUUUACGACAUGGCUGAGAGCUCCAUGGAUGAAAUCGGCACCUCGUUCGCGCCGGUCGAUACUACUGGGUUUAUCUCGGUCCAGGCAAUUCGCCUCAAAAAGUAAGUUCACCUUCCGUUAAAAAAAUCUAAAUACUAAUGAAAAGUAUAGGUACGGGGCCCAGAAGCUGCUUGAUGGAGAAGUUCUCUGAUUCUAUUUUUCUUAAUGAUACCAUAGAAUCACCUUUGCCCUUGUCUUGGGUGUGGUAUUCGACUUUGCUUCUUUGUUUCCACCUGGAUCUCGUACUUCUAGGUGUUACCUCGUAAUCGAGGGAAAACAGUAGUUGGUUAUGGAUAAUAGUAUCCAUAAUAAAUACCUUGUGUGAAGUUCUAGA